AUUUGGUUCUGAACAUAUUGCAAAAAAAUCAUUCAUCUCUACCACUAACGCCCACGAUGACGAGCACGAUGUCGACGUUACCGCCGCCGUCGCACUAUGCACAGGAGCGGGACCGCCUGGAGUACGAUUUGGUAGUACGCCAGGAGCCGAAGCAGGCGCGGAUGUGCGGUGUUGGUGGCAAAGCUGACAGACGGCCAAUCGAUCCACCACCAAUCGUUCAGCUGCGCGUCAUCGAUCCACGACGACACCAACAACACGCCUCAGGUUCCGAUGGCCGGCCGGCUUCACCCAGCGGCGGCAGUUAUGCCCAGAGUUUUCUACAAAAUCCUUAUUACUUCAUGUUCGCGAGUUUAGCGAAGCCAGACGAUGAUGCGGAGUUACAUUGGUUAAAAGAUGGCAAGACGCGAUGUACGACGGGGUCUGUAGUUUCUUCCUUGUAUCACCUCAAGGAUCCUCAGCGGAACAACGAAGACGCGGGAUUCUUUGUGUUUCCUGACCUCAGCGUCCGAACAGAAGGUAGUUACCGACUCAAGCUGAGUCUGUUCGAAGUCGUAGGAAAUAAUGUACGACAUUGCAAGUCUAUAUACUCUGCGCCAUUCUAUGUCUAUACCGCCAAAAAGUUCCCGGGAAUGGAGGAAUCUACCCCCUUGUCUUGUUCUCUAGCUGACCAGGGAAUCAAAAUUCGUAUUCGCAAGGACAUUCGAGUUCGGAAGCGGCCGACCACGACGACUGCAUCCGAUGACGGAAGACGAGGGAAACAUUCAUCGAAGAAGAGGCAGAAAAGGACCAAAGAUGGUGCAGAGCCGGCCGGGUACAGCGCGUAUCAACAGCAACCUCUUGGCCCGCCGCCGCCUCCUUCGUCGCAAUGGAACUCGUACCAACCUUCGCAAUCCCAGUCAAAUAUCGAUCCUUCUUUGGAUGGAAACAAUGUAUCGAUUCCGCCGCCUCCUGGAGCAACGUAUACUGCAGCGCCACCGGUUUCGACUAGCGGUUCCAGCAUCCCACCUCCCCAAGGCCCCCAGCAUAUUCCACCCCCGCCAGGUGCUACCCAUAUUCCGCCUCCAGUAGGCGCAACUCAUCUCCCGACUCCGUCUGGUGCUACGCACGUCACAUCUUCCACGCACGCUGCGCCUUCAACAUCUCCUCCUGUUGCAGUCGCUCCGGCACCUGCAACUGCACAUAUUUCGCCCCCGCCAGGAUCUCAUGUUCCACCGCCCUCCCCUGCUGGUCAUGUACCUCCCCCGACCCAUGAGACCUACGAUUCUCGUACCUAUCACCCACCGCCUCCACCACCCCAUUAUGAUCACCACUACGCGCCGCCUUACGGAUAUUCGCAGCCCCAACCGUACCAAUAUGCUGCGGGUUAUCAAGGUUGGGGAGGACCGCCGCCGCCUCCGCCGCCUAGCCAGCACCCACCUCCGCCUCAUCAGCAAGCGCCACCACCUCAAUCGGCUCCUCCGGGUGCCUAUGAUCCCUAUGCACAUCAACAUCCACCACAUUAUUAUCCUCCAAGAUACGAUUAUCCGCCUCCGCCUCCGCCGCAGGCACCACACCAGUAUUAUUACGAUACUCCGUAUGACCCGAGACAGCACCCACCCCCUCCGCCCCCACCUCCACAAUACCAGCACCAACACCAGCAUUACUAUCCACCACCUCAACACAGAGAGUCGUGGGGCACUCCAGCAAGUGCUGGUGUCUGGAGUGGAAGUCCUUCCAAUGCUAGUGCAAGUGGCAGUGGUAGUGCAGCGGAGUAUCCGACCCCAACCAGCGCGACGAGAGAGUACAGUAGCAGUAGGCCAGCGGAUUACUCUCCCGCGCCGCCGCCGCCGCCUGCAGAAGGGAAGAUUCAGUUGGCGCCACUAAGAGGGCCAAGCGUUAUUCAAUUGAGUGAACGCGAGCGCGGAGAGAGGGUUGGGAGCACUAGCAAAGGCAAACUAAGCAUCGGGAGUAUUCUAAGUCGGGAUGGUGGCGCUUGAUGCACUGAUGCAUGAUGAUCAAUCGCGUUUCUUUUGGUUUAUUGUAUACGUACUCGCUAUCUGCUAUCUGUUUUCGUUGCUACAAAUGUAUUAUUUUCGAAUAGAAGGGUGAAUUGCUGUGACUCUCUGUUGAUCAGACCGACUUCGUUGCUUCUCGGAAGCAGGCCUGUGGCAGCACCUGGGAAGAUAUCUUUCUGUGGUGGAUGCAUCUAGUAUGGAAAGCUCAAAAUAGAGUACAAGGACACGCUUAUUACAUUCUCAUGUCAAGUCUUUGAUAAUGGACGAUGCUUUGACACCUGAAUGGGGUGAAGGAGAAG